CCUGCGAUAAUUGUUCAGUACUUUGUACCAGGCUGAAGUCUGAAAGUCCAAAGUGAAGGCGUUCUUUGUUAGGGAACAUUUUUCUUUCUUUCAGCCAUGUUUCCAUGAAUGUGGAAGACCUUAAAGGAUUAUUGUUGGAGCUGUACAUUAUGAAGAAACAGAAAUAAAAUGGGAUCAGUGGAAUCCUACUUUGGACGGCUGUGUGGGCAACAGCAAAACAAAGAGGAGGAGAGACUUUUGCGAGCCAAUGACAGACCUUUCAACUUGUCCUACAACUAUGCCAAUAACGCCAUCAAGACAUCCAAAUACAACAUCUUUACCUUCCUUCCGCUUAACCUUUUUGAGCAGUUCAGGAGGCUCGCCAACAGCUAUUUCCUCUUCCUCUUUGUACUUCAGCUCAUCCCACAAAUCGCCUCGCUCUCGUGGUUCACCACAGCCGUGCCGCUUAUUUUGGUGCUUUCCAUAACAGCCGUCAAAGAUGCCACAGAUGAUAUUAACAGGCACAAGAGUGACAACCAAGUGAACAACCGCAAAGUGAACGUCCUCAUCGAUGGGGAACUUCAAAGUGAAAAAUGGAUGAAUGUUCAGGUUGGAGAUGUCAUUAAACUGGAAAAUAACCAGUUUGUUACAGCAGACCUCCUCCUGCUUUCGAGCAGUGAGCCUCUAAAUCUAGUCUAUGUGGAAACUGCAGAACUCGACGGUGAAACCAAUCUGAAGGUGAAACAGGCGUUGACUCUCACUGGAGAGAUGGGAGACACCAUCGAAGCACUGGCCAGCUUCAAAGGUGAAGUCAGAUGCGAACCGCCAAACAACCGCCUGGACAAAUUUAAAGGGACGCUAGCAGUAGAUGGACAAACGUACUCUUUGGAUAACGACAAAGUGCUUCUACGUGGAUGCACUUUGAGAAACACAGAGUGGUGCUUCGGACUGGUUAUUUUUGGAGGCCCGGACACAAAGCUGAUGCAGAACAGCGGAAAGACGACGUUCAAACGCACCAGCGUUGAUCACCUUAUGAAUGUUUUGGUGCUUUGUAUCUUUGGCUUCCUGGCUACCAUGUGCUCCGUUCUAACCAUCGGCAACGCAAUCUGGGAGAUAAAGGAAGGCUCGGCGUUCACUAUGUUCCUCCCACGGGAACCCGGGGUUGACGCUCAUCUUUCAUCGUUCCUCACCUUCUGGUCUUACGUCAUCGUUCUCAACACGGUGGUGCCGAUAUCGCUCUAUGUCAGCGUGGAGAUCAUCCGUCUUGGGAAUAGUUUUUACAUCGACUGGGACAGGAAGAUGUAUUACCCCAAAAGCGACACUCCUGCUCAGGCCAGGACCACCACUCUGAACGAGGAGUUGGGUCAGAUCAAAUAUAUCUUCAGCGACAAGACUGGCACCUUGACGCAGAACAUCAUGGCUUUUAAUAAGUGUUCCAUCAAUGGCAAAAACUAUGGUGAGCUUUUAGAUUUUGCGGGACAAAGGAUGGAAAUUACAGAGAAGACACCAAGGGUCGACUUCUCGUGGAACCAGCUGGCCGAUCCAAAAUUCAUUUUUCAUGACCGCAGUUUGGCAGAUACCAUCAGGGAGGGCAAUUUGGAAGCUCAGGCUUUUUUCCGUUUGUUAGCUCUGUGCCACACCGUCAUGCCCGAAGAAAAGAAAGAGGGAGAGCUUUACUACCAGGCUCAGUCACCUGAUGAAGGCGCUCUGGUCACCGCCGCGAGAAAUUUCGGCUUUGUGUUCCGUUCACGUACACCGGAGACCAUCACGGUGGUGGAGAUGGGCGAACGAGUCGUCUAUGAUCUUUUGGCUGUUUUAGAUUUCAAUAAUGUACGCAAGAGGAUGUCAGUCAUAGUGCGGAAUCCUGAAGGCAAGCUGACUCUGUACUGCAAAGGAGCAGACACCAUCAUCUACGAGAGGCUCCACACCUCCUGCAACAAACUCAUGGGCAUCACCACCGGACAUCUCAACGAAUACGCAGGCGACGGUCUCCGCACUUUGGUUCUGGCUUACAAGGAUUUGGAUGAGAGCUAUUUGAAGGAGUGGAUGCAGCGUCACCAUGUGGCCAGCACUGCCAUGGACGAAAGGGAUGAGAAACUCGAUGAGCUGUAUGAAGAGAUUGAGAAAGACUUGCUGCUUCUGGGAGCAACGGCUGUAGAAGACAAAUUGCAGGAUGGUGUCCCUCAGACAAUCGAGCAGCUGGCCAAAGCUGGUAUCAAAAUCUGGGUGUUGACCGGAGAUAAACAAGAGACGGCAGAGAACAUCGGCUAUUCCUGCAACAUGCUGCGAGAGGAGAUGAAGGACAUUUUUGCUGUGUCAGCAAAUACAGCAGAAGAAGUGAAAAAGGAGCUUGUGUGUGCAAGGAGGAAAAUGUGUCCAGAAGGAGCCGAUGCACCGACUGUGACCAAAGCUCGUGCGGGCCUCUUCUGGCUUGAGAAGACAGAAACUGUGCAUGAUGACAAAGUGGAUGGAGAAUACGCCCUUGUUAUAAAUGGACACAGUCUGGCCUUUGCCUUGGAGAAAGAUUUGGAGUUGGAACUAUUGAGAACCGCAUGCAUGUGCCAAACGGUGAUCUGCUGUCGGGUCACUCCACUGCAAAAAGCCCAAGUCGUCCAACUGGUGAAGAAAUACAAACAGGCGGUCACUCUGGCCAUCGGGGACGGAGCCAAUGAUGUCAGCAUGAUCAAGGCUGCACAUAUCGGCGUCGGGAUCAGCGGUCAAGAAGGCAUGCAGGCGGUUCUGUCCAGCGACUUCUCCUUUGCUCAGUUCCGUUAUCUACAGCGCCUCCUGCUGGUGCACGGGCGCUGGUCAUACCUGCGCAUGUGCAAGUUUCUGCAGUAUUUCUUUUAUAAAAACUUCACCUUCACCUUUGUGCAUUUCUGGUACGCCUUCUUCUGCGGUUUCUCGGCACAGACUGUGUAUGAUGAGUGGUUCAUCACCUUGUACAACCUCGUGUACACGGCUCUCCCUGUCCUGGGCAUGAGUCUUUUUGACCAGGAUGUGAAUGACCGAUGGAGUUUCCAGUAUCCACAGCUCUACUCCCCAGGGCCUCUGAACAUUUACUUCAAUAAGAAAGUUUUUGUCCGCUGCAUGAUCCACAGUUGCUAUAGCUCCCUCAUCCUCUUCUUCAUCCCGUGGGCGGCUAUGCAUGACACGGUCCGAGACGAUGGCAAAGACAUUGCGGAUUAUCAGUCCUUCGCUUUACUGGCGCAGACGUGUUUGCUUGUUGUGGUCAGCAUCCAGCUGUGUCUCGACACGCAUUACUGGACCGCCGUGAACCAGUUUUUCGUGUGGGGCAGCCUUGCAGCCUACUUUGCGACCACGUUCACCAUGUACAGCAACGGAAUGUUUCUAAUUUUUACCUCCACGUUCCCCUUCAUUGGUACAGCGAGGAAUUCUCUGAACCAGCCGAAUGUGUGGCUGCUUAUACUCUUGACAACACUCCUGUGUAGUCUGCCAGUGGUUGCUUUCCGUUUCAUUGUCAUUCAGCUUCGUCCUACCGCCAAUGACAAGGUGAGACAUAAGUUGCGUAAAGAAGCAUUGCCAGCCCCUGCUCCUCGUCGUCCACCGGUCCGGCGAAUCAGCACGAGGCGCUCGGGCUACGCGUUCUCUCAUGCUAAAGGCUACGGCGACCUGGUGACAUCUGGAAGAUUCCUGCGUCCUCGAAAGAAUCGGCCCGCCCUGUUCAGACAAACGGACUCUCCCCUGGCACAGAACCAGCCGCAACACUACCGGACCAUCACAGAGGAGUCAGAGCAGCACUAGUGACAUUCAAAUUCCAUGCAUAUUCCCAAAAGGCCACGCGGUGCUGUCAGAUGGCUCACCAUCCUUCAGUGAAGGUCACCGCAUGAUCCUGCUGCAUGGUGGGCGCCGCCAUGUGUUAUAAAUAGCCUCAUGCUAACCACAAACAUGACACUAACAUAUUCACCCCCCCCCCCAAACCAUCUCAUGCGGUCUUCUGAAAUUAUGUUUACCUACAAGUGAGGCUAUAGGUAGCAUUGAGCACUGACUCAGCAAGACAUGCAUGAGAUGGCCGAUUAACUGAAUGGAAUAAAUCUAUUCACCUUUUAUAUAAACUUUUCAAAGAGUUAAAGUUCAAGUUAAACACGCAGUCAGAUUGGAAGCAGGACCGGAGUGGCCAUCUGAUGCGGUCCUAUUUAAUUCUAUUCCUCAAUUGGCUUAACCCAAUUUGGCCCACAAUUUAAAUUGAACAGCCCAUCGAUCCAUUUACAUUACAGACGGCAAACUUUCCUUUAGAUGCACCUGAUUUUAUAAAUAAAACCCUUUUCGGUCGCUAUAAUGAAUCAAAAGUUUUGUUCAAUCCCACCUAGGACUAGUCCGCAUCAUGGCAGAUUGGGACCACUGCCCUAGGGAUUCUCUAAACUCCAAAGGGGUUUGCAUUUGCACAUCGCUAGAAUAAGCUAAGCCUCUUCGUCCGUCAUUUGGGUUAAGAUCAAACCACGGCAGCGGUUUCAUUCUCAGUAUACUUGACAGACCAGUGUGACACAGAGAGACGAAUGACUCGAGACUAAGCGGUGUCAGUUGUAAACCUCAGAUCUAAAUAAAGGAUUACCCCCCCGACCUUAUAAAGUGUGCAGUCUGUACUGACACAUUAGCAGGCAAGGGAGUGCAAUGCAUGUCAGAAGACCCAAGAUAUCAUGUGAAGAUUUCUAAACCACACCGUUAUCGGCAGGAAUUAUACCCGUCGCAAAUCUCCACUUGGAAGUGAUCCAUCUGUCAUGAUUUUUUAUCAGUUAUUCCGGAAUAUAAUUGUUUUUGCUUAAUCAUAAUGAGGCUAAUAUCAGAUUUUGGGAUUCUACCUGGGAGAUUGCUUCGUCAUUUUGGCACAAUGCAUAAAAACGUCCUGAACUCGUGUUUUGGACUGAUAAAAAAAAAAAAAUCAGGGCAAAGUCCUGAUGACCUCCUUUAAAGUGUGUCAGUCCAACGGGCCUUUCUUGGCUAAGAGAGGCAGGUUGUUGAUCCCACCAAGGUUCAACGUCCAAAAUCGAAGCGGCAGCUCAUGCGCGUAUGACUCACACUGAAGAAAAAAGGCCUUCUAAAUGAAGAGGCACCUCAGGGAUCCUAUUUCAAUACGCUUCCAUUUAGAGUUAGAAGUUCAAACUAGCAAUCUUGAAAAAAAAAGAAAAAUGGAAAAACAUUAUGCAAGCUCACGGUAUUUGAUUGCUUUGUUGAAUUGCAAUUAUUUUUUUAUUCUCUGUAAACAAACAGUGCAGAUUAAUGAUUUGCAGAGUUGGCCAUUGUAAACAAACCUCCAGCACAAUACGACUUUUUUUUUUGCCCUCUGAGUCAUUCCAAAUUAGCUAUUUGGAUGCAUAUUCAAGUUUUUUGUUCUCGCCUCAAGGGAAAAUAAAAUGAAAUGUGUUUACUCAUUAGAACUAGUAACAGUGGUCAGUUCCAGUUGGUGCACGUUGGACUCAAUAUGCAAGCUAAGUCUUGUCAGGAAUGUUUGCAGUUUGAACUUAGAUCGUUAUGUGGCUCCUUUUUGUUUGCACCCCCCCAAAUAAAAAACUUCACAUGCAAACAUGCUCAUGUCAAAAAUCACAAGUGGCAGACAA